GACAGAUUGAUAAAGACUGAGAGAGCGCGAGAGGGAGAGAGAGAGAGAGAGAGACCUUACACCUCAGAACCACCACAGGCAUGCAGGCGGCUCCACAGCCCCCCUCGUCAGGAAGCCCUGGACAGACAUCAAUGAGGCUCCAAAAGAGGAGCGAGGAUGACAGAAAAAGAGAGAGAAAGAGAGAAGAGGAUGGAGAAGGAAGAAGACGAUGAAAAGAGGGCAAAGAAAGUGGGAAAAAAACAGAAAGUGACCAAAUAAAAGAAAAACAAAAAAGACAUGAAAGACGAAGGCAGAGACAGAUAGACGGACACCGAGAUGAAGACUCUCCCAGGAAGAACACACAAAAAUGUCAGAAAGGAGGGAGAAGAAGUCGAUCUUUCUGUCCUCGUUAUUAGUGUGUUGUGUGUUUGCUAGUGCAGAAUAUAACAUCUGUGGACAGAAUGAGUUCUUCAACCAGACCAGUAACAGCUGCCAGGCCUGCCCUCAGUGCCAGCCAGGACAUGAGCCAUAUAUGACCUGCGGUCAUGGUGUGAAGGAUGAAGGCUUUACCUGCGUGCUGUGCCCAAAGGGAAAAUACUCCGGAGGGAAAUAUGAGAUCUGCAAACGUCACACAGACUGUCAUGCCCUUUACAGUGCAACUGUUCACAUACCAGGAACUCCCGAACGCGACGCAGAGUGUGGACCCUGUUUACCCGGGUAUUACAGGUUGGGGAACAGAUCAGAAAAGCCCUAUUGGAUGGUUUGCCAUUCCUGCCAAAACGCACCACGCAACACCAAAGAAUGCAUGCAAACCAACAAACCGAAAGAAAAAACAAUAUUUCACAGUGGUAGCACAACUGUGUUCCCUUCUGUAAUUAAAGAUUCCCCCGGACAGGGUCACCUGGCAACAGCUCUCAUUAUCGCCAUGUCGACCAUUUUCAUCAUGGCCAUCGCCAUUGUUCUCAUCAUCAUGUUUUACAUCCUGAAGGCCAAACCGAAUGGCCAGGCAUGCUGCUCCGGACAGGUUGUGAAAGCAGUGGAGGCUCAGACCAACAAACAGGAAGACAAGAAAGACGUCCCUGACAAUGUGGUGAUAUUCUCAGAGAAAGACGAGUUCGACAAACUGAAAGCUCCUCCUCAGAAGACGGUGAAAAGUGAAAAUGAUGCAUCUUCAGAAAAUGAGCAGCUGUUGAGCCGCAGCAUCGACAGCGACGAAGAGGCAGGAACAGAAAAGCAGGGCUCGGCAGAGACCACUAACCUCGACCCUAACCUGUGCCUGGUCAACCUAGGCAACAAACCCGACCUCUGCCUGCUCUCCCUGGGGCUCUUGGACCGUGGCCGCGUAUGCAAUGGCACCCCAGGCAUUGCAGCCAGUCAGACUAACAUCCUGAGUCCCAACCACAUGAACAAUGUCAACCGCAUCGCAAGCAGCAACCACAUCAGCAGUGUGAAUGGGAUCAACAACAACAAUAAAACCCCAGGGAUGCUACAGAGUCGGAGGAAAAAGAUUCUAGAUCUGUAUGCCAGAGCCUGCAAUGCGACUGAGGGCCUCAGUCCCACAGAGCUUCCCUUCGACUGCCUGGAGAAGGCCAGCCGCAUGCUGAGCUCCUCCUACAGCAGUGACGCCGCCGUGGUGAAGACGUGGAGGCACCUGGCUGAGAGUUUUGGACUGAAGCGCGACGAGAUCGGCGGCAUGAGCGACGGCCUGCAGCUCUUCGAGAGAGUUAGCACGGCGGGCUACAGCAUCCCCGACCUCCUGACUCGCCUGGUGCAGAUCGAAAGGCUGGAUGCCGUGGAGUCGCUCUGUGCAGAUGUGCUGGGCAGUAGCGAGGGGGCAGCAGUGGCUGGACGGCAGGGAAUUGGCAGUUUUCACAGCCAGUUAGUGUGUCCUUCCCCCUGCCCAUCUCCAUCCCAUCGCUGCGCCAGUGUUUAAAUACGAAGUGAAGCAGAAACAUAAGAGACUUAGAGACUUGAUUGCCUUACAGUACACAUGUAUGUACGGACAUUUACUGCUCUGACAAGGAGGAAAGCACAUUUAAAUACACACGUUACCCCAUUAGAUGAAGAAUGUCGAUGGACUUUACUGUCCAUAAUCCUUUUUUUCUUUUAUGUAUAAAAGC